AAAGCUGCUGUUUUCAGUCGGGGAAAUGUAUCCUUUCAAUCGAACUAUGCAAAGCCCAAAUGCAGUGCGGACAGUAUCCUUGUUCGUGUAAAAGCAGCAGCUAUCAACCCAGUGGAUUACAAGAUCGGAUGGCCGAUGAAAGGGCCCGUUACAGGUAUUGAUUUUGCUGGUGUUGUUGAAGAGAAGGGUGAUAAGGUUGGGGACGAGUUAAAGGUCGGAGAUGAAGUUUAUGGUGGUAGUUGGAAUGGAAGUUUAGCCGAGUUCACUGUUUCUAAGCCAGCUGGAGUUGCUCUGAAACCUAAAAAUGCUUCAUUCGUGGAAGCUUCUGGAAUGUAUGUUACGUAUAUGACGACACUUCAAGCAUUAAGGGACUUUGGAAAGGUCAGCAAGGAUGAUCGUGUUCUGGUAAUUGGGGCUAGUGGUGGGUGUGGUACUGCUGGGAUCCAGGUUGCUAAAUCUAUGGGAGCUAAAGAUAUUGUUGGGGUUUGCAGUGGUAAAAAUGAGGAAUUUGUAAAAUCUCUGGGAGCAACUGAUGUUAUAGAUUACACUAAGCAGACUAUUAAAGAUUACUGUCUUAAUGAAUCAGGGGCUAUUAACCCUGAAUUACAGUUUGAUGUGAUUUAUGAUGCUGCCACUAAUAGUGGGGGUGGCGAGGACUACAAAAACAUUUCAAUGGAAUUACUGAAACCUGCCACUGCAGAUAAAAAACAUGGGCAGUACGUUGCAAUCAAUGGUAGUGCAGACAUGUGGCUACGGAAGUUCACCAUAGGUUUUAAGGCUAACCAGCAUUUGAUGAAUUUGGAGACGAACCCUGAAGAUUUACAACAACUUGCUAAGUUAGUGGAUGAUGGCUGGACAAACUCAGAAGGAGUUCAGGAGUAUUUAAAACCAGUUAUAGCAGAGGAGUUACCUUUUACUGCUGAGGCAGUUGAGAAGGGUUUUGAUCUGCUGAAAAGUAGGAGGGCCAAAGGAAAGAUAGUCUUCAAAAUGGAUUAGAAAAUGAUCCAGAUAAUAUUUUGGAUGGUUUUGAAUUUCUUUGGAUUUUGUAUGUUCUUUAAAUGAUUUUUGUCUAUACUUAGGCUUUGUUGAGUAACCAGUAAAAUAAUAUAUAUAAAUGUGUAUACGACUCAAACUGAACUUAUAGUCACUAGUACUGAUGAUUUAUGAUUGAAAAUUGAAAAUUUGUAUAUUAGUUUAUCUUUAUUUCGGAUCUUAGAUUAUUUUUGUCAGAAUUAUUACUGAAAUUUGUUUAAAGAUGUU